AUGGGUUUACGCGGAAUGGUGGAGUACCUCGACAUGGAAAUAAUGAUUCAAGUGUGGCUACACAACUGCUUUGAGCAUCACCAGUCGCCUGAAGGGUACGCGAUAUAUUUCAUGCCUUCUUUCUGCUCCCAUUCGUGCCUGCCGAACGCCCUCUGGUGUACAGACAACGACUCCAACUUCCGUUUCUUUCCUCGAGCCACCAUAAGAGCGGGAGAUGAAGUGACGCUGACGUACUUGUCAGAAGACGACAUAAGAGCGGGAGAUGAAGUGACGCUGACGUACUUGUCAGAAGACGAUAUGCUGCGUAACACCUCACACCGGCGACAGCUGCUUGAAGGCGCAAAGGACUUCAAGUGUAUGUGCGAGAGCGCGGAUGAGACGGGGGACGAGGAGGAGUUUGGAGGUGCUCUGCUGAGAGCGCCGACGACAUCUGCACCAGUUACUGAGGAGCAGCGGCAGAGACAGGGCAGCAACAGCGCGUCGCACUCACCUAUUCCAGAGGAAAGAUCCCCCGACACUUGGAGGCAGCCGUUGGGGCCGCAGUCGCUGUACCCAGAGACGGCGCGGGGUUCAGCCGACUGGUCUGGGGGCAAAGAAACCCCAGCAGAGGCCGCCACCAACUUGAGCCUCCAUACAAUUUGGGCACGGCUGUUGGCAGAGCUGAAGAACGAUACAGCAGUGCAGGAGCACGAGACAGACGCUGCAUCUGUAGCUGAUGCUGGAGCAGCUGCAACCCCGGGGACUUCACCGUUUUUCAGCAAAACGAGCGGAAUAGUAUCGACCCAGGUUGCAGCGCAGGUGCUGCAGGGCGCCAGGAAUGGCUGCUGCUGCAGCUGUCGCAGGCGGUGGAGAGACAGUGAACGGCUGCGAGCCCUGGCUGUGGAAAGAAUCCUUGAGGACGUCUUCAACAGUUUAGAUAAUCCUGAAUCUGAAAUUCGUGAUGGUGCAGAUAAGUCCCCCGCAAACAGCCUCUCGGGUGUUUCUGGGGGCUCAGACAGAGACAGUUGUACUGCUAGCAGCAACAGCAAUGACUCAGAUGCCCGAGCCCACGAGUUGCUGCAACGGCUCGAACCAGAUGAGCUGCUGCACAUUGUAAAGAAGAAAUGGAAUUUGCUGGAGAAAAACGAGAGACGCGUCGUUGACGCCAUCAUAAAGCUUACAUUCAACAAGCACUGUGUGCUCACGCCCUCUACCUAUUGUUUCAUAGUGACGUGGGUGGUUUGA